AUGGCGACACCUUUGCCUCCAGUCGACACAGAACAACAGAACAUUAUUGAUAAAUUGGCCGAAUUUGUGGCUAGGAAUGGGCCAGAAUUCGAAGCACUAACAAGUGAAAAACAGAGGGACAACCCGAAGUUCGCAUUUCUCCGGGGUGGCGAGUACCGUGAAUACUACUUGUAUAGAGUAAACGAAGCUCUUAAAGUCUGGCAGCAGCAGUAUUCAAUGAAAGAUAAAUCUCUUCAGCCUUUUGAUCGUAGAAACAAUCGGGUUAAUAUGAAUGACCAAUGGGAUCAGUAUAGCGGUGGUGCCGAACACUGGCAACGUUUUAGUGUGGCUCCACAAGGGCAUUGUGGUUGGGGUGGUCCUGAUCCCACUUGGUAUCCAAAACCACAGUGGCCUUACCAGCACGGUAUGCGUAUGCCUGGUUGUCCUCCUGCAUUUCCGUUUCAUCCACCUCCCAAUGCAAUGGAUUCCUAUAAUCACGGGAACUUCAACAAUCCUCCUCAAUAUGGCUAUCCAGGACAACAUGGUGCCUUCCCCCCACAGCAGUAUUCGUUUGGACCAGAGUCUUAUCACGCAUCAGGAUCAUACGAGUAUCAAGCUUCGAAUAGUUCUGAAUUAGGGGAGGCUGAUAUUGAACAAAGUGAGAAGAAUCUGGCUGCCCAGCAUGAAUCAUUGCUUGCGCGUCAAGAAGUUGAAAUUCAUGAACUUUUGGAUAAGAAAAGGGAAGAAAAUGUUCGAAAGGCAGGGGAGAAACUGAACAUAUCUUGGGAGCAAAUGAAUGAAAUGAUUCAGCCACUUAUCGAGGCAUGUACAAAAGAAAAUAUAUCAAAAGGAAAAUCUUGGAUUGUUGAUAAAAUGACUGAGUCACCUGAAUUGACUAAGUUAAUGUCUGACUAUUUAAUAGCUCGUGCUAGUGCCGCCCAUGUUUCAUUUGAUUUAAGACUACACUUAGUCUACCUACUGAAUGAUUUACUUCAUCAUUCGAAACGUCGUGGUGCUCCCGCUCAUUUACAGGAAGCUUUACAAGAAACAGUACCAAUCAUAUUUUGCUUAGCAACUGAAAUAGCAGAUGAUGAACAAAAAGCUAAAAUCAACCGUGUUUUAAGCCUAUGGGAAACCAAUUCUUAUCUUCCAGCCGAGGUAUUGGUGAAGAUGAGGCCACCGGAAUCAGCUAAAUUUUUAACAGAAUGGAAAGAAAGUCAAUCGAAGAGUGUAGAUCCUAAUUUUUCUUACUGGGGGCCGCCACAACCAUCACAAGGUUCCACUGGAUACGAGAUGGGUUCACAAGAAAUGAUGAAUAACUCAGAUAUGAGGGAUAUGCAACAUCGAAUGCCUAGUUAUCCCCCACCACAUAUGCCAGGUUAUACAGGCAAUGCUGGUGCAGGUGGAGUUGCUGGUCGACCGGGUUAUCCGCCUCAUCAAAUGGGAUGGGCACCUCCUGGUCAGCGUGAUUCUUCUAAAUGGAACCAAUCUAUGCCUAAUUAUAACACUCAGUCUGGACACAGGAAUCAUGAAUUGAGCAGCAAUGUCUACAUAGAAGGUGAAGAACCAGAAGAUGAACAACAAUCUCAAUACUCCGUUUCAUCGUAUGAUUGUGAAACACACAAGGGAAAAAAAUUCGAUGAGAAAAAAACAACUUCAUAUGGUGGUUAUUACAAUAAUAACAAUGAUCCUGUUAAUAAUGAUUAUCGACAAUAUGAAGAAUCUAAUCGUAGUGGUCGAGAUGUCAGGGAUAGUCAAAGCCAGCGUGAUGGAAAGAGUCGAACAUCUCGAGGUAAUCGUCCGUCAAGAUUUUCGUCUGCUCCAUCUCAAUCUGAAACGUGUACAGAGAAAAAGGCGGAUACAAGUGAAAGUGUUAAAAGUGCGACCAGUACUGAGGAGAAUAAAACGCCGAUAACUGAUGCAGAAGAUUCAAAAGAUGCAGAAACUUCUACUCAGGUGGCUGAAGCUUAUGAUAUCAAUGAAAAGUAUCCAGCAUGGCAAUUACCUGCUGGAUUAAUGCAUUCAUUAAUUAAACUGAAAGAUUUCGAUUUUACGCCUAUAUGUGAGAGUGAUCUUCAAUUGUUGCCUGCUAAUGCGCCAUCUGAACGCUUACUUAUAGCACUGGAAAAUUUCUACAUGCCACCUACACCCGAUAGACCACGUGAUGGCGAAGGAUGGGAACACAUGGCUUUGAAUGAAUUUUACGCGAAAAAGAGCGUGCUCGUCCUGUUGAACAAAAAGAAAAAGAAGAGAAAGACAACGUCUCUACUGGUAA